AUGGUUGCCUUCUUCGGUCUCGUCACUGCCAUCCUAUUUCCUCUGGUAGCUGUCUUGAUCCCCUCCGUCUCCGCGGCGGGUGUGCCCGCCUGCGGCCGAACCUGUAUGGAACAGUCUCUUUCGGGCUCAGGUUGCAAGUCGGUUUGGGGCUCAUCAACGUACAGGGACGACGUUUCUUGCAUUUGCACCAGCUCGAAUGACUUUGUGCAGUAUACCAAUUAUAUGCAAAACUUUUGUUCAGGAUAUAACAUGAACACGCUUAGUGGUACGGAUGUUGGUGGUGGGGCCACCUCACUCGAUUCACCUCCUAGUCCUGGCAUCUCUUCCACAUUCGGCGGCCCGAUAUCCCCUACUUCCCCUGCGCACAAGUCUGGAGCCGCUGUGCCUGGCGCCAAGGCCUUCUCCGGAAGCAAUGGCGUCUUCGCUAUCAUUCUCGGUGGUAUAGUGUUCGGCGCCCACGUUGCUGGACUGCGGUGA